GUCCAAAAACAAUUUUAAAAGGAGAGUUUAGUGAGAUGACUAGUUAAUGAUUAUCCAACAUGUCUUCAACACAAUCAUUGGUGGAACAUUGCAUAAUUGUCGAUGGAGCACCUAAAUCGUUAACUAAAAGUCAGCUGACGGGAAUAGUUCAAAGGCAUUACUCAACAGCAAACAUUCUGAAACACCAUUUUCAGGAAAAUAAACAAUUGAAUCAGUGGGUUCUUUGGCUUAACUCGUCAAAAAGUGUUACCUACCUUUGCGAUGAAAUACAAAUGGAUCAGGUUCAUACAGAUGAUGAAACUUAUACAGUUUCAUUCUACACAUGCAACGCGUCUAAUAUACCAGAAGCAUGGUUCAACAGUGAGAAGGUUGCUAACAGUAACAGAGAAUUUGUGGACCAUUAUCAACAAGGUACUCUCCUGGAGAAAGAUAAACAAUACCAGAAACAAAUUGCAAAGGCUAAAUUAUCAAAUUUACCAGAGGAUAGUGAUAGGGAUUUUUUAGAGCUAUAUUUGGAAGAAAAAUUAGGAAAUGAUGUUGCAUUCGAAUCAAUAGAGUUAUGUGGAAACGGCACUGAAGCAAUAAUAGAAUUUCAAAAUAAAGACGUGUAUGAUGUGUUAAUGGAGAAACAGCCUUUAGACAUGGAAGGUCAUAAGGUUUUUGUAGAGCUUAUAGAAGUACAACCAUUACUUCAAGAUGGUCCUAAAACCAUUGAGGUAACCUCAAAUAAAGGAGUAAUAUCAGAAAAGUCUGCAGGGACUAUUCGCAUGUAUUUUGGCAACAAUAAACGUUCUGAUGGAGGAAAAAUAAUGGACUUCAAAUUUACGGCAGCUACAGAAACCAUUCUGAUAACUUUUGAAUCUGAAGAAGUUGCAAAAGCUGUAUGUGAGCGAAAAGAUCACUUAUACAAAGACGCAACACUGAAUGUUGUUCUGCUUGAUAAAGAACUUCUUUUGAAAAGAGCAUCUGAAGACACGAAACCAAAAACAGUACGGAUCACGAAUUUACCUCAGGAAAUUGACAGAGAUACUCUAGAAGUAGUUUUUGAGGAUGCUGACACAUUUGGAGAAAAUAUCAGUGUUGAAGAUGUUAAACUAGACCCAAAAACUUGCAGUGCUGUCAUAAAAUUUGCAGAAGCCAAUGACGUAGAAAGCAUUCUCCAGAAGAAGCAAGUCGAUGUUGAGGGUCAGACAGUGUAUAUUGAAGCUAUUAAAGAAGACAACCAAGAAGAACCGUGCGUUGUUGUGGUAACAGGACCAGUUGAUAUACUUACAGAGGAUAAUAUCAAAUCACUUAAAAUGUAUUUCAAUAACAAGAAACGAUCGGGAGGGCAAGAUGUUAUUGAUUGCAGCUUUCAAAAUCCUGGCUUGGCCCAAGUUACAUUUUCAUCUAGCAUGGUUGCUAAACGUGUAGCAGAAAGGACAAAUCACCAGUUCAAAUCGUCACGUAUUGAUGUGAAAUUAAUGAAACACAAAUCUUACACUUCAUUUUCCGAAAAACCGAAUAAGUUGCUUUUCUCUGGCGUUGAUGAAGAAAUUAAAGAUGUCCUUGUCCUUUACCUGGAGGAUAUGUUUGAAAACCUACACGUUAAAGCUGAAAUUCCUGGUGAUGACGAUUCAACGAUCGUAUUGGAGCUUCAAGACUCAAAUGACGCCCAAAGCAUUUUGCAAAGACAACCAAUAUGUAUCGAUGGACACUACGUCGGCGUUUCGCUAUAUACAUAUGAACCAGAAAAACAAUGUACGAUACAAGUUCAAGGUCUUCCAAAUAUAGAAAACCAUAUAGAUGCAUUACGAAUGUACUUCAAAAACACCAAUCGGUCUGGAGGAGGACAAAUCGUUCAAUGUGAGGCUAAGAAAGACAGAAAUAUUGCGCUCAUUACAUUUGAAACUGAGGAAGUCGCUCGUUCGGUUGUAAAUCGACCUAAACAUGAGUUGAAGGGUACAGUGUUGGAAGUAAUGUUAUAUAAUAAGCCAAAUGAAGGUUAUAAGUCAAGGGUUUUUGAAACCACCAGAAAGAUACUCAUCAAAGAAUUACCUGUGGCAAUUGACAAAGAGUAUUUAGAAUUAUAUUUUGAGGACUUUGGAGAAAAUGAAAUGGUGGUAGAACAUGUUGAACUAGACACUGACAAAUCUACAGCUGUUGUAGAAUUUCAUGACCAAACAGCCGUAGAAUUUAUUAUGAAACAGACUCCUUUGAAAAUGAAAGAACACAUUGUAUCUAUUGAACGCUACAGAGAAGAACAGAUUGAUCUUUGCACAAUAGAAAUUCAUGGUGUAUCCGACAUAGAACGUAAUCUUGAAAAGGUUUUAAUGUAUUUCAAAAAUAAAAGACGUUCAAGCGGUGGUGAAAUUGUUAGCCAUAAUGUUGAUGUUGAGAAUAAUAUAAUUUACCUAACAUUUGAAAAUACGGAAGUCGCAGAGAGAGUUGUUUCUCAUGACCAUAGUAAGCAAGGAUAUGAAGUUAUGCUAAAAACAAAGCCAGUCAGUGAUGAGGAACGUCCGACACAAACUAUCGAUACUGUGAAAGUAAAAGGUGUAGACAAAACUGUUUCAAUCGAAACACUCACAUACUACUUUGAAAGUAAAAAACGAUCUGGAGGUGGACCCAUUGUGGACAUACGUUGCAGUGAAGAAGAUGAAAAUGUCGUAUUCAUUACAUUUGAAUCACCCGAAGAUGCAAACAAUGUUGCUGGGAAACCGCAUACUGUACAAAACUGUACAGUGCGUGUAAGUCUUUACAAACCACCACCUUAUUACGAUGACAAAGUUCUUAUCAAAGGGUUGAAAAGUACCAAAGAUGCCCUGUUCCUAUUCCUUGAAGCCACAGCAAAUGUACAACCAAUUAGAUUGGAUCACCAUGAAGAAGAUGAAAGUAUUGUGCUGGUGACAUUACAGGAAAAACCAAAGUUUGAGAAGCUUGAAAAGGCAUGUAAUGAAAGGCAGUUAGAGGGAGCAUGGCUUAAAGUAUCAAAGGUUCAGGUAUCACAUUGUAUUGUCGUGACAAAUAUUGCACCGAAAGUAACAAAAGACACAUUGCAAUACUAUUUUGAAAACAAAAGGAAGUCUGGGGGCGGAGACGUAGAAAGAAUUGUGUUGAAUGAAGACGAUUAUGAGCGUACUUGUAUGGUCUUUUUUGAUGAUUAUAAAGUAAUUGAUGAUAUUCUUGGUAUGAAUCACACUCUUGGAGAUCAGAAAUUAGAAGUUAAACGUUUUCAGCCUGUAUUAGGACGCCCAGAAGGAGAAACAGAAGAAAGGGAAUGGCGCCUGCCACGUUUCAUAGAAAUAAAGGAUGUAGAUAUUCAUAAGAUUUCAUUUGCCUCCAGUUCAAGCGAAAUGAGCAAAACCGUUCAAGAUGAAUUAAUAACAACGUACACGAAGGUAGUGUGGCCAUCUGAUAUCAACCAGAGUGUACAAUUACAUUGUACGCUUACUAAAGAUGUAAAACACUGCUUCAAAAUAGCAAAAGGAUGGAGAAAGCAAGCACAGGUUGCAUUUAUGAAACUGAUCGAUACGAUUGUCCUUCUUCGCAUUGAUAUAUUGCAAGAUAUUAGAUCAAAAGUGAUGGAGUUUCUACAGAAAAUUCAUGUUAAAGAUGCAACCAAUGUUGCGAUUGUCAACAAAAGAAAUGAAAAUCAUAUUUUUAUUGUCGGAACGAAAGCUGCAGCUGAAGUUCUUAAAAACGACAUAGAAGAAGGAAUAAAGAAAGUACUGGAUGCUGCCGAAAAAGAGAAGCAACACGUUACAGAAAUAUUUUCAAAUCUAGAGCCCAUAGAGACAAAAAUGAUGGUUUUUCAAAACCUGCCAAAAGAACUAGAAGAUAAAUUUGAUGACUUAAAGGUUGAAAUCAAGGCUUUCAAAAACGAAAUACACAUAAAAGGGUUGAUAAGUAGUGUCAGGAACGCACAGAUCGCUAUCUAUGAUAGGAAGAGCAGUUUUCAAGUGCAAAAGAUUGAUGACAUUUCUAAACUCGCGCUUAAGUUACUGCAAUUAGAUGGCACAAUUAUUGCACUGAACAGCAAACUGAAGGCGAAUUAUAUUCAAGCUUUAUGGGAACCAACCACAGACGGGGUUGUUGUAUGUUGUUGCAAACCAUCGUCAAGUAGCAAAGUCGCAGAUAUUAUCCGUUCAUUCAUCUAUUGUGAACGUAUAGCAACAAACAUUGGAGAGGUCCCAGAUUUAGAAACGGAAAAAUGGAAAAGAAAAACUGAAGAAAUAUAUGCAAAGCAUCCUGGAAAAGUUGUAAUAUCACUUAACGAUGACCAAACAAAUAUUCAAAUUGGUGCUUUGACCGACAUAUACACAUCAGUGAAAGAAGAAAUUCAAAGUUUCUUAAAGACCAACACUAUUUCCUCUCAAACUGUUUCAAACUCAAAAGAACUCAACCGGUUCUUGGAAAGGAAUUGUAGAAAAGAAAUUGAAGAAAUUGCUCAAAAGUAUCAAAAAUACUAUGUAAAGAUCAGACACAUGGAUCAUUUCAGAGGUCUUGAAAUACAAGGUUUGCAGAAGGGUAUUCAAGACGCAACAGAACAAAUUAAGAUUUUAUUAAAAAGGGUUCAGCAACAAAAACAUACGGUCACUAAACCUGGGAUUGCAGAACAUAUAAUGUCUCCUAAAGGUAAAGAUAGCAUUCACACUAUUGAACAUUCAUUGUCAUGUGUAAUCGCUGUUGAAGGAGAAGAGGCUGAUAAACACAUGACAGAAAAAGAACUUGGAAUUAGAUCAUAUACAACCUAUAAUAGAACAAAUAUCUAUGUUUGGCAAGGAGAUAUGACAGAACUCGAUGUCGAUAUUUUAGUCAACCCGUCUGAUAAAAAGUUAGGAUCAUCAGGUGGACUUGGAAAAAAAAUCUUCGCUAAAGGUGGACGACUAAUAAAAUAUGAAUGUGAAGACUAUAUAAAUAAAAAUGGAAUUUUAAACGACGGAGAUGUUUUUAUCAGCAGUGCAGGAGAUUUACAAGCUGAAAAUAUUGCACACAUAAAGAGUCAACAAUGGGAAAAUGGAAAAAAUAUGGAUAAGAUUUUAGAAUCAACAGUCUUUAAGUGUCUGCAAAAAACAGGCAAUUUACAGAAAAGGUCCAUUGCAAUACCAGCUAUAGGUUGCGGAGUGAAUAGGUUUCCGGUUGAUAUUUCAACAACAAGCAUUGUAAAUGCGUUAAAGCGAACAUUGAUGGAGUAUCAGGACAGUUCAAUCCGUGAAAUAUAUCUCUGCGAUAUGAACACAACAAAUGUGGAAGGAUUUACAAGCGCAUUACGUAAUAUAUUCGGAAUGGCUAACGUCGUCUUGCAGGAUAGCGGAAAUCCGGCACAAAUGGGUGCUAGACCAAAGAGUGUGUCAGGAUCAAGAACGUUUAGAAAUCCUGAUGGACAAGGAUUUUCUCAUUCAAUGCAGGGCAUUCUGAAACAUGAUAGUGGUGUCAUAGGCAAUGUAGCUGUAUCUGUAAUAAAGGGAGAAAUUGCAAGACAAAAAGUGGAUGUUAUUGUAAACACAACAUCACAUAAUUUAGAUUUGCGAAAUGGUGCUGUGUCUAUUUCGCUAUCAAAAGCAGCCGGAAAGGAACUACAAGAGGAAGUCACUGCAAAAUUUCCAAAUGGACUCGACAAAAGAACAAUAGCUGUAACUGGUGGACAUAAGCUAAAUUGUCAGUUUGUCAUUCACACAGCAUUAUCGAAUUUCAAAGAAAACAACCCGAAUGAGAGUGUCAAAAAUCUCCAAAAGGUGAUGAGAAAAUGUUUAGAGGAAGCGCAUCACAAAGAGUGUCAGAGUAUUGCUUUCCCAGCAAUUGGAACAGGCAAUUUAGGAUUUCCGCGAGAGGUUGUGGCUAAAGAGAUGUUCAAGGUGGUUAAAAAAUUUCAAAAAGAUUUCUCAAAAACAAGUGUACAAGACGUUCGAUUCGUUAUUUACCAAAUGGACAGUCACACCUUACAGGCUUUCAAAGAAGAAGAGAUCAAGUUGCAUGGUGAACAAUAUUCAACAACUCUUGUAGGGAAAUCAGGUUGGCAAAAGGCACAGACACUUGGAUAUGAAGUCGUACCUAAGGGUUCCAGCAACACCAACCAACAGACAAGUGGAAACUACACUUUCGAUAGCGUCAAUGUCAUGAUCAAACAAGGAGAUAUUACACAUGAAAAUACUGACUGCAUCGUGAACAGUACUAAUGCAAACUUGAACCUUACAAUAGGUAAAGUGUCACAGACAUUGAUGAAAAAAGGAGGAGCAGAAUUAAAAGAAGAAAUAGAAAAUCACAAAACCGAAAUGAUGAGAAACAAAAUAGUAACGACAUUAGCACCAGGGUUGUCUUGUAAAUAUAUCAUUCAUGUCGAAGCAGACCCGAAUGAUGUGUCAACAACUGUAAAAAAGUGUUUAAAAGAAGCUGAUAACGAGAGAAUGAACAGUAUUGCAUUACCUGCUUUUGGAACUGGCAGCAUAAAUUUAGGUUCGACAGCAUCUGAUAUAAUGACUGCUUCUGAAGUAGCUAAAAGCAUGAUUAAAGCAGUUAAGGAAGUUUCAAAAUCGCAGCCAAAAUUCAUAAAAGAGAUAAGACUUGUCAUCUUCCAACAUGAAUUGUUACCUGAAUUUAUAAAAGCUGCAGAGGAUGCUGGUGACUCUAAAGGCUGGAUGGGAAAUAUAUGGAAAGGAGUAAAAAAUGUUUUUGGCAUAGCAGGAUCUAGUGAAGGAAAUGGUAAUAUGAAAUUAAAGUCUGCACAAGAUUACAACUCUGUUUCGUUCAUCAUCAUUGCUCUUAGUGAGGACAUCAUACGCAAGGCUAUUAAAAAGCUUGAGAACUCUCUUGAAAAAGAAAUGCACACAAAAAUUAUCGAUGAUCACACAAUCCGUCAGCUUGAAGACGUUCAGGUUGAUGAAAUACAAGGAAUAGCCCACCAAUGCCAUGUUCAAAUGAGUAUGGAUAAAAGUAAAGCAACUAUAAAGCUUGCAGGAAUAGUAACAAACGUAAUGCAUGCUUCAGAUAAGAUAAAUAAGCUGCUGAGGGAUGCGGAGCGAAUGGAAUAUUUAAAGAACAUCGCACAAUGGUGCUUUAUUGAAGUUUCACAAACUGGUGAAAAGGUUUUACAAUAUGAAAAGGACAUAAAUAUGGAAAUAGAAAAUGCUUAUAAACAACAAAAAGAUACGGUUGAAUACGUCAUAGACGGGAAUGACUAUAUUAUUGACUUUGCGUUAAUGGAAGAGUAUCCUGAAAGUAGUCCUUCAGAUAAAGUCAAAGUCAUCAGGAAGGAAGUAGUAAAAGGUGGAACUUAUGAACUCCCUGCACACUGGGACGAUAUGAAGGGCGGAAAUUUACGAGUUGUAUCUUUGCUUGCUGACAGCCAAGAGUAUACUGCGAUUGAAAAACAAUUCAAAGAUUCUGCUGGACAGUACACAGACGCAAAUAAGCAAUUGCAUGAUUAUACUGUUGUCAAGAUUGAACGCGUGCAAAACAAAGUUCUCUGGGAACAGUACCAGUCCAAGAAAAAGCAUCUUGAAGACCAAAACCCGCCAAGUACUAUUAAUGAAAGGCAGCUUUGGCAUGGAACCAGCGCCGAUCCCGUCGACAGCAUCAAUGCACAUGGUUUUAAUAGGAGUUUUUGUGGCAAAAAUGGUGAGAAGAAAAAAUAUAUUGAAUUUUCUGCUACCGGAUUUAAUCCUUUUUCCGAUUUGACUGUGAUGCCAAGAAAAAUUGAAAUUAACGUAGAGGAUCUAGAUAUGUUUAACAAGUAA